UUUUUUGUUUUUUUCAAACAAGCCACUGUUGUGCUGCUGCGCGCGCACAACGCUGCUUUAACAAGUCUCUUGUCAAAAUGUUUUGGGGGCUCAGACGCAGCCUCUGCCUCGGCUGAACGCGCCAUGUAGCCGGCGCGCGCUGGACUGGAACUCUGGGGGGAAACGGUUUCACUGGAUCGUUGCGGUGCGCGGAGCUGCUGCAGAGCGCGCGGCUGUUGGCUCCGCUUUGGUCUGGUGUGCGGGAUCCGGUGACCGCCGCGGCGGACUGGCUGCGCCAUGCUCCGGCCGUGGGCUGCGCACUGGAUCGCGGCCAUGCUCCUGUGUCGGGCGGUGGCACAGUACUCCAGCGACCAGUGUAGCUGGCGAGGAAGUGGUUUGAGCCACGAGUCUCAUCGCAGGGAUGUGGAGCAGGUCUACCUCCGCUGCUCUCAGGGGUCUCUGGAGUGGCUCUACCCCAUCGGGGCCAUCAUUGUCAACCUGCGGCCAAACACGGACUCUUCAGCGGCACACGGGGCAGGUCUCCACGUGUGCAUCAAACCCCUCACUUACUCCCAGGGCUCUCAUGUGUACGUGGAGCGCGCCGGGGAUCUGAGGCUGCUGGUGGCAGAGACGGAGCAGGCUCAAGGCACAGUGCACUGUUUCAGCCUGGCAGAGGGGGCUCUCUUUGUGGAAGCCAUCCCACAGGCUGACAUCAGCCGGAGGAUUACUGCUUUCCAGUAUGAGCUGGUGCCCAGUCAGGGGUCUGGGGCACACAUGUAUCCAUUCCUGCAACCUGGUUUAGUGACCUGUAAACCUUGUUCAGACGAAGAGAUCCUCAUGGCUGUGUGUACCAGUGACUUUGCUGGAAGUGGCUUCUUUCGCGGUGUGGCGUCGGGCACCAACGACCACUCGUCUGCGGUGGCGACCAUGAGCCGGCUGUUUCGUCAGAAGAGCAAGGUGUUUGUUUGGGGUGGAGCCAGAGGGCGAAGCUGGGGUGGACGGGUCAACGUCCCCUCACAGUGCGGUGUCCAUCCUGGAGGGGAUGAGUACCUUUUGACUGGCUGUGUCCAUUUCGGUGAAGCGUGGCUCGGCUGUGCGCCUCUCUACAGGGACUUCCUGAAGCUUUACAUCAGGGCACAGAAGGCCGGAACAAAUCCUUGUCAGAUAGACACAGACUGAGGGAUCAGAACAGACUGAAACAUUGGAGCAUGGAAGCGACAUUUUCUUUGAGACUAUCGGGGAGAUGAGCAGCGUUACGGCUACCCCUGCAGACUCUGCAGAUCAACUUACUUCUGCUUUGCAGCAAAAAAAGACUGAACAGAAAUGUCCACAUUUAGUAUUCUGUGCGUGUGUAAUGCAUCUGUGCAUGGUUGAGACAUUGGGUGAAUGGAUAAGUUUAAAUUAAAUAUGUGCCUAAAUGCUUAACGUUUCUAUUCUCAUAACGACACUGCAUGUGUGAUCGUUCUUGAAAUGAAAGUUUGCUUUGUAAAAAGCUUUCUGUAAAAUUUAGGAGUCUUCUGACAGAAGUGUACAGUAUGCAGCUCUGUGAGUCUUAACAUACCAAGUGUGUGUGUGUGUGUGUGUGUGUGUGUGCGGCGCGUGCGUGUGUGUGUGUGUGUGUGUGCGCGUGCGUGUUUUGCUAUUGAUUUCAAAGGGCUUUUAUAUUUACAGAAAAUAAACCACAGUCCUUCAGCCGGCUUUCCUGUAUGAUUUUAAUUUUAAAUUUUUCCAUCAUACAUCCUUUGUUUUCUAAACGUGCCAGUGUGAACUGUAUGUCCUGAUAUAGGGGCACUGCAUUAUCUGUUGUUAACAAACUUGUCCGACUGUGUCAUAUUUUGUAUGCCUCAUGGAGGCUCUGCGUGUUUGGGGUGCAGAUAAUUAAAACCGUCUGUGGCAAGUGAA